AUGUGCCAAACCGAGACCUUCAAAUCCCACACCUGCCCUCACCAAUGGAUGACCAUCGUCAAACCCUGCGCUCCUAAUGCGUCUUUCAAGAAUCAAUACCACACAUACGAGCCGGUGCGAAAGGGACUUACGAAACUUGCACAACCAAAGGCCAUCUCGGCGCCCGCAAAUUCGUGCCCCAACUGCGACAAGAAAGGUGAUUACGAUGCCAACAUGACCAGGAUCAUCAUUCAGAAACCGUGCGAAGCCGGUAACAUGGGCAAUGGGUAUAACAUGACUGACGGGAGGGGAAAUGUGUUG